AUGUGGGGAUCAAAUAGAAUUGUGGCAGUGCGCAGAAGUCCAGUAAGAAACUUCAAUGAUAUCGAGCAAGAACCAGAAAGAUAUAAACAAGUAGAAGAAGAUCUCAAUAAGUAUUGUUGCUGGUGCUCAGUUGUAGUAUUAAUUGGAGCUUUAAUUGGUUUGAUAAUUGCUGGAACAGCUCUUGGCAUAGGGAUUGCAUUGCUUGUGAAAACAUCCGGUACACAAACGGCAUCUUGUUGUCAAACAUGUUCAGAAACUACAAUUUCUACCACAAUUUCUACUACUGCUGGUAUGUAA